CGUUUAGAGUUCAGUCACCAGUCACCACCGUGAUGGGGAGAUAGAUCCCAAAUUUGAUUCUCACAGGAAAGCCCUACCCUAGAUCCGACCCGACCCCCCAAAAAAAAUCGAAGACUCUUUUGAUUCCAAUCGAUGAUCGUGAGAGAGAGAAGUUGAAAAACGAAAUCGAGGAUCGAUCCAAGGUUUCAGAUUUGAUCUAAAUUUCGCGAGGAUGUCUUCUUCUUCUUCUUCUUCUUCUUCAUCUUCUUCUGCUUCUGCUGCGUCGUCGCUAGCAGCGAAGGCGAUUAGAGCAUCUUCAGCGCACAGAGACUCCUCUCUUUCCUCUGCCUACUCUUCUUCUCCUCCUGUUCCCACUCCACCAAAGGAGGUGGUGGUGAAGAAUAAGAAGGCUCAUGAGUACACGUCGAUGAAGAGUUUGAACAACGAGCCUAAACGAAGCUUUUGGGGUAGUCUCGCUAGUAAAGCUAAGGCUCUUUUAGAUGAUGAGGAUCCUCCUCAACACUUACCUCAAAGUCCCACGAGGAUGGACCACAACAGCACCCCUUCUUCCACUACUUCAGGAACUAAGGAAGCUGGUAGGAAAACAGAGAAUCCUUCGUUGCAAAGAAGCUUAGAUGCCAUCACUUCCUCCUUGAAUUACAUUGGUUCUGCAGUUGAGGAGGGUAUUACUGCUGUGGAGACACGUACCGCAGGGAUCAUUCAGGAAACACGUAAGAAGAUUAAGAAGAAGCCUAGUCUUUCACGGAACCACCAGAAUCCUGAGAUACAACAAGCUGAUUUGGAGAUUCAACUCAAGGCUUCUCGCGACGUUGCAAUGGCCAUGGCUGCCAAGGCAAAGCUUCUUCUUCGGGAGCUGAAGAUGGUCAAGUCUGAUCUUGCCUUUGCAAAGCAGCGGUGCGCUCAGCUUGAAGAGGAGAACAAGGUUCUGAGGGAGGAUCAUAGCGGCGAAAACAGCCAAACUGAUAACGAUGAUCUUGUGCGACUUCAACUUGAGACUUUAUUGGCUGAGAAGGCUCGGUUAGCUCAUGAGAACUCGAUAUACACACGCGAAAACCUCUAUCUGAGAGGAGUGGUCGAGUACCACCAGCUUACAAUGCAGGAUGUGGUCUACUUUGAUGAGAAGACUGAAGAAGUAACCGAGGUGUACCCUAUUAACGUCACUUCAGUGUCUUCUCCAUCAGAUAUGUCUCACGCUCAUCCAAACCCACAAGUGCUGGAGUUCAAAUGAGACACAACAACAACAACACUCGGUUCAUUCUCUUCUUGUAGUGAAUCAGACAACAAGACAAGACAAACGUUGUCUGUAAAUCACUCUGUAUCUGUAGAAAAUAUAUGUAUACUCUGUAUUCUCUUCUCUUUAGAACCUAUGAAUGCUAUUUAUAGCCCUUAAGUUAUUAUAUUAAAUAAUAAAGGAAUAUCAUAUUGUUCCCCUUCAAAACUA